UAGAACCUUCUCGCACCCCGCAGGAGGCCCCUGCUCAGCCUCCAGAGCCAUCUAAGGAGAUCGCUUCUCAACUGGUAGCACAUCAUGAAGGAAAUGUGCCAUCUCCAAGUCAGAAUGAAAUUCAGAAACCAAGCUUACCCAAUGUCACUGUUAAACCUCUCGAUCUAACCAUAAAUCUAACUCAUCCUCCAGAGCGCCCUAAGGAGGCAGAACUAACCCUAGCCCCACAGGAGGCCCAGGCUCAGCUUGAGGAGCACCCUGAGGAGGCCGAACUGACCCCAGUCCAGCAGGAGGCCCAGGCUCAUCCUCCAGAGCGCCCUCAGGAGGCCAGAACGACCCUAGUCCAGCAGGAGACCCAGGCGCAUCCUCAAGAUGCAGGAGCGCCUUGAAGAGGCUGGACUGACCCCAGUCCAGCAAGAGGCCCCACCUCAGGUUCUUGGGCAUAAUGAGGAAGCAGAACCUGCUCUAACCCAGCAAGAGACCUCGGGUAAGCCUCCAAAGGAAGUUGAGCCUUCAAGUGAGCAGGAGACCCCAGCUCAGCCUGCUGAUCCUCCUGGGGUGAUUGAACCUUCUCUAACCCAGCAGGAGACCCCAGGUCAGCCUUCCGAGCCCCCUGGGGUGAUUGAUCCUUCUCUACUGGAGCAGGAAACCCCAGCUCAGCCCCCAGAGAAUCCUGAAGAGGCAGAACAUUCCCCAGCCCAGCAGCAGACCCCAGCUCAGCCUACGGAGCAUCCUGAGGUGGCAAAAUCUGCAACCCAGCAGGAACCCUCCGCUCAGGUUCCAGGCCCUUUUGGAGAAGCUGAACCUUCUCCAACCCAGGAGGAGGCCUCAGCUCAGCAUGCAGAGCUCCCUAGUGAGACAGAAUCUUCAACCCAGCAGGAGACUCCAGCUGAGUCUCCAGGGGAGAUAGAAUCUUCUGCAACCCUGCAAGAGCAACUAGCUCAGCUUCCAGAGCUGCCUUCAGGGGAGGUGGAACCUUCACCAACCCAGCAGAGGCACCCAGCUCAACCUCCACAGCAUCGUGAGGUGACAGUUUCACCUCCAGGUCACUACCAUGUUCAACAUUUAAACCUCAAUGUCAGUGUGAAACCUUCAGAUGUGCAGCUUACCGUAACAGCAGCACUCACUACAGAGGUGGGACGUUCUCCAGUUCAACCCAAGGCUCCAGCUCAGCCUUCAGUGCCUCUUAAUGUGGAACCUUUGGAAACCCAGCACGAAGCCCCAACUCUGCCUCCACAGUCCCCUGAGGAGGUUGAAUCUUUGCCAGUUCAACAGGAGACUCCAACACAGUCUCCAGAAUCUACCACACAGGAGAAACCUCUAACACAGCAGGAGGCCCUGGCUCAGCAAUCACAGGCCCCUGAGGAGGGUGAGCCAUCCUCAACCCAGAAGGAGGCCCCAGCUCAACUUCUAGAGACCCAGGAAGAGGAUGAACCAUCUCCACCCCAGGAGGAGGUCCCAGCUCAGCUUCCACAGACCCUUGAGGAGGGAGAACCGUCUCCACCCGAGGAGGAAGCUCCAGCUCAAUCUCCACAGACCCUUGAGGAGGGUGAAUCUUCAACCCAGGAGGAGAGCCAGGGUCAGCAU